AUGCCGGGCAAGGGACGACAGACUGGGCCCAGAGCAAUCGGGGAAGGCGCAGCGGCGGCGGCCGCCACUGGUGCUGGCCAGAAGCGGAGGCGGGGAAGGGAAGGGCGCAGUGGGCGGAGGCGCGAGGAGGAGGUUGCGGUGGAGGCGGGGGCAGCUGGAGGGGAGGUCGGCGUCGCCAUCGCGAAGGUUUGUCUGGAGGGUGGGGAAAUACGUGGCUGUCCGGAGGUUUGGCGACUGGAGUUGUGGUCACUGUCUGGUUUAGGUCCUUGCUGUUCACCUCCAGCGGGUGGUGGACGAGCUGACGGCUGGACCUGGACGCGCUUCCAGUCCCAGCUGUCGCUGCUGCGAGCCUGCGAUGCGGGUGGUAGGCUGGUAGCUGGGUGGAGACGUGGAGUAUUGCCCGUGAAGGAUGCGGGCAAAAGAGAGAUUAGGUCAGGGAGGGAUGAGCUGGCCUGGGACCGAUCAUGA